UUGCUCGUGAGACGAUGUGCGUAUGCGGAACCUUCACGAGGAACCUUCAAGGGGGAAGACUAACACAGUUGGACACGCGUGCAAAGAUGGCAGACGUACCAGACAAUGCACCUGAGCACUGCCCAGGAACAAAAAGUGAGCAAGCAGGAAAGGCGUCGUCAUGUGAGGGAUGUCCCAACCAAAAACUGUGUGCCUCUGGAGCCACCAAGGCCCCCGACCCUGCCAUAGCAGAGAUAGGAGACAAGCUGUCCACAGUCAAACACAAGAUCCUGGUGUUGUCUGGAAAAGGGGGAGUGGGGAAAAGCACCUUCAGCGCUCACCUUGCUCAUGCACUUGCAAGUGACAGCACAAAGGAGGUUGCCCUGCUGGAUGUAGAUAUCUGUGGUCCUUCCAUUCCUCGGAUCAUGGGUUUAGAAGGAGAACAGGUCCACCAGAGCGGCUCAGGCUGGUCACCCGUGUAUGUGGAUGACAACCUGGCCGUCAUGUCCAUCGGUUUCCUCCUCAGCAGCCCUGAUGAUGCUGUGAUCUGGAGAGGACCAAAGAAGAAUGGGAUGAUCAAGCAGUUUUUGAGGGAUGUCGACUGGGGGGAGCUGGACUACCUCAUCGUGGACACGCCCCCUGGCACCUCAGACGAACACCUGUCCAUCGUCCAGUACCUCAGCUCCACUCACGUCGACGGAGCGGUCAUCAUCACUACACCACAGGAAGUGUCGUUGCAGGAUGUGCGAAAGGAGAUCAGAUUCUGUCAGAAGGUCAAGCUGCCGAUCAUCGGAGUGGUGGAGAACAUGAGCGGCUUCGUCUGUCCGAAAUGCAAGAACACAUCCCAGAUCUUCCCUCCCACCAGCGGGGGCGCUGAGAAAAUGUGCAAGGAUUUAAAUCUGCCACUUUUGGGAAAGGUACCCCUCGAUCCCAGGAUCGCACGAAGCUGUGACGAGGGCAGAUCUUUCCUCAACGUAGUUCCUGACUCUCCUGCUGCUCAAGUCUACCAGAGGAUUGUUCAGAGUAUUCAGGAGUACUGUUUGAACCGUGUGAUGGAGGAGCAGAGUACCACCUGAACCCGCUCUCAAGGUGGAUCAGAACCGUGAGAGAGAUCACAUGAGGAGAUUUCAGUAGAAACUACUGAAUAAGAAACGCACAAUUUAUCAUCCAACAUCUGCCAGAUUAUGGAGAGCUGGUCAGAUAACACAUUGCAGAGGUUUAUUCUGCAGUGGCUUUCAAAAUCAACUUUUCUAGAAAAGGUGCUAUAAAUAAUAACUGCUUAUUCUGCUGGUCUUUUGUAAGAUAAGAAAGAAAAGUGUCCCAAUGUAAUGAAAAUAUAACUUUAAAGAAGAAUGUCAGAAAAAAGUAAAGAGAGAUGACAUGAAAAGAAAUUAUGUUAAGCAUUACUUUCAUGCUCUCUAUAUUACAGAUCAACCCAACUGUUUGGUAAGAAUAACACCAAUAUAUACUCUUGAAGCAUAAUUUUGCAUUGAAGUUAAUGUCUUAAAAUGUAAUAUUUAAGCCAAAACUAAGCCAAAAAAAGCCACCUAUGACACAUGCAGCUCUGCAGAAAAAAAUAAGACACCGCUUCAAAAAUGUGUUUUUAUUGUUCUUAACUCUUCCACUUAACCUGUUGUCAUUUUCAGCAAAUAAGAGUCCUGAAUGUGAAAUGUGAAAGUCAGAAGAAAUCUUUAAAAUGAAUAAAACAAAAACCUUUAAAUAGUGAAACCAAGAAAAGCUUAUUUUUCCAGAGGUAUCUUGAUUUAUCUAGAUGCUUAUUUAUUUAGCAUUACACAGCCUUUUUGUUGCUAUCAGCAACAAGCUAACUGGUUGAAGCAUGAUUACACUAUUACACUCACUGGUUUCUUUAUUGGUUCUACCUGUACAACUGCACAUCAGCACAAAUAUUUAACUAGCCAAUCACAUUGCAGCAAAAAUUGCAUUUAGGUAUGUACACCACUGUUUGUGUUCUACUUCGAAGUUUCAUCGUCUUCUAUUGGUCAUCUUGGCAGGUAUUUCAAAGUUUGGCAGUUGUUAUUUAAACACGUCUGCGAGGUGUCGCCGAAUGAUGACGAACCACUUUGGUGUUUCCAAGGUAGGACGGGUGUGGUCGGGCCUUGUUCCAGAGCUGGUCCAUUCUUGGUGUAGCACAGCAUAGCCCAACGUGUCCAAACUGGUGAUGGAAAAGUAAAUCAGUAUGGCUUGGUUUUGGAUGGGCGUGGCAAAAUGUCAUUGUGGAAAAGCCCCACAAGACAACCAACCACCGCCUAAGUGCUGCUUGGUUGCUGCCAUGUGAUUGGCUGAUAAGAUACUCGUGUUAAUGAGCAUUUGAAUGGCUGUGAAUGCAUUUCUCCUGGCUCUGAAAUCCCUAUACAGGGAUGGCAAAAAUGCUCACCAAAGCUUUCUUUAUGACCACUUAAAAAAGUGUAGCUCCCUCGCCUGCUUGUUUUCUUGUACCUUAUAAACAGCUGAUUUUGAUACUCUUAAACUUGUGUAAAAUGCUUUCUUUGAAUGAUUUUUAAAAUAAAUAAACAAACAUGGAA